AUGGCUCGUUCUCACAAUCGCUCUCAUAGUGUGAUCUAUGAAAGGAUGAAAGAAGUUCAUUCUGAUGCAGUUCACAGGACAGGUGAUGUGGAACACGAAGGAGCGUCUAUGGGGAACGAGCAAGUCUUUCAGCAAGUGCUCUUACAAUUCUCAGCACUUUUCAACCUCGUUGUCACCAUAUCAAGCAGCAUUUUCGCCAGCGCAGAGGACAAAGUUGCCACCGAGUUUGCUGUUGGUCAGGAGGUAACUGUGCUCGGGACUUCUUUGUUUUUAGUGGGAUAUAUUGUCGGACCCUUACUUUUCGGUCCACUCUCAGAGAAAUUCGGGCGAAAAUGGCCGCUCAUUGUCGGAGUCUGUUUAUCCUCUGUCUUUGGCCUAAUGACAACCUUGGGUCAGAACCUGGCCACCAUCUUCAUUGGCCGUUUCUUCGCUGGUCUCUUCGGUGUCGCACCGAUUGCUGUUUUGGGAGGGAUCAUCACCGACUGCUGGAAUGCAUUAUACCGUGGAGUGGCUCUUGCAUUCUGCAUCUGCUUGGUUUUUGCUGGCCCUACUUUCGGUCCCAUUGUCGGCGGCUUUAUCGUUGAAAACACAAGUUGGCGAUGGACAAUGUGGGUUGUUGUUAUAGCUGGUCUCGCUCUCGGGUUUGUGGCCGUGUUCACUUAUCCGGAGAGUUACCCGCCCAAGGUACUCCAGAUUCGAGCCAAGUCUAUACGCCGAAAAAUGGAUAAUCCCACAAUUGUAUCUCCGCUGGAUCUCGAAGGGCUUUCACUGGAGAAGGUGUUCCAGCUCUAUCUAGUUCGUCCAUGGGUUCUUUUCUUCACUGAGCCUAUACUUGUGUCGUUGACCUUCUAUCAAGCGUUCAUAUAUGGUCUUAUGUAUGUCUGUUACCAAUCAUAUCCGAUCGCGUUCAUGGAAGUGAGAGGAUGGAGCCAAGGUUUUGCAUCCCUUGCUCUGAUUGGAAUAAUUGUUGGUGUGGUCAUGGGAACCGCCACUGUGGUAAUCUACAACCAGCUAUACUUCAAGCGAAAGGUUCAGGCUAACGACGGCAAAUUUGAGCCGGAAGCUCGCCUCCCCCUUAUGAUAUUCGGAGGCUGUCUUGUUCCCACCGGACUCUUCUGGUAUGCGUGGACGUCUGACCCUUCUAUUCCAUGGCCUAGUGAGGUUUGUGCAGGCAUCCUUGUUGGAUGGGGCAUGUAUACAAUCUUCAUCCAGUGUUUUAGCUACAUCAUUGACUGCUAUACCGACAUGGCCAACAGUGCAAUGGCUGCGAACGGUGCGGUGCGAAGUGUUUUUGGGGCGGUUUUUCCUCUCUUUGCAAAUUAUAUGUACCACAAUCUGGGGGUGGACUGGGCCAGCAGCUUGGUCGGCUUCUUGGCCUUGGUUAUGGUUCCUGUGCCGAUCAUCUUCUACUACUAUGGAGCGCGCAUCCGUGCUCGCUCAAAGAAGGCACGGUUUCGAUCCUGA